AUGAAUAUAUUUCGACUUGUAGGUGAUCUAUCACAUCUUUUGGCUGUGAUUAUUUUAUUAAUUAAAAUAUGGAAAACUCGAUCGUGUGCAGGCAUUUCAGGAAAAUCACAGUUACUUUUUGCCAUAACAUACACAACUAGAUAUUUAGAUUUGUUUACAACAUAUGUUUCCGCUUACAAUACUGUUAUGAAAGUAGUUUUUAUUGCUGCAUCCUAUGCAACUUUAUAUUUGAUGUACAUUAAAUUUAAAGCAACAUAUGAUCAUAAUCAUGAUACAUUCAGAAUUGAGUUUUUGCUGAUUCCAUCAGUAGUAUUGGCUUUAUUAAUUAAUAUGGAAUUCUCAGUUGUAGAGAUAUUAUGGACAUUCAGCAUUUAUUUAGAGUCAGUUGCCAUUUUACCUCAGUUAUUUAUGGUAUCUAAAACUGGAGAAGCUGAAAGUAUUACUUCACAUUAUUUGUUUGCUCUCGGGUCAUAUCGUGGACUUUACAUCCUUAAUUGGAUAUACAGAUACUAUGCAGAAAAUCAUUACAAUCUUAUUGCUAUUGUAGCAGGUGUUAUACAAACAGUUUUGUAUUGUGACUUUUUCUAUUUAUACAUAACAAAAGUUCUUAAAGGGAAAAAAUUACAACUGCCAGCUUAG